UUCCUCUUAUGAUAAAAGCUGAGAAAUAUGUUUAUCGCGUAAAUUGUAGAUACGCCCAUAUUGUUUCUGGCUACCCUGUCGGAAAAAUAUUCGGAUAUUCCUUUUAUGAGAACUGCUAGGCAAUACAUUUAUUACGAGUAUUAUUGGUAUGGUAAGCAUAUUGGUGUUUGGUAUUAUGGUAUUUUUGGUGAUUUUCAAUUCAACAUUUCAUUUACAGAAAAAUUUUUCCAUUAGAUAUACUGACAUAUUGCGUUUAUCUCAUAAAGUCUACAUAAAAUCGAUAACCUUAUAAUUUCAAAAAGUUAUUUUGUUGAUCGUAAUGACCAUUUUUACUACUAUAGGAUUCGAUUUAAUAUAAUUACGCAUAACAAUGCCUCGAAAAAAGUGUAUGGGAGUGUCAGCUGAUCGCAAAAAAACGUAAUUGCCUUCCAAUAACCCAAGAUAUGCAACAACGGCAGAUCUAUUUGCAACGAGCUAGGGAAUGUAUGCGGAACCAAAGGCAGAAACAACGGGCCGAACAAAGGCAACAAUUCACUCCCCAAUUUAGUAGUGUUUUGGUGCCAUCAUAUUUUCAGCGAUUAAGUGAAGAUGUCAGUGCAAGGAGGCGGCAAGAAAAGCUACCAAAGACGUAUUGCGGUGCACAUCUCUUCCUUAAAGACGAUGAGAUAGAAUCAAGUUGUGCUGAACGCAUGGAGAAGAUAUGUGAGUUUUGCUCAGCUAAACUUUAUCCAGGCGAGGCCGCUGAUAAUACUGCAUCCAUCUGUUGCCACAUCUGUUUACCACCAAUUUCUGUCCGCGAUGAGCUGAAAGAACUUAUUGAGCGCAAUGAUGGCAUCACAAAAAACUAUUUGGAGAAUAUCCGUAAAUUUAACAAUGGUCUUGCGUUUGCUACAGUGCAGGUGAACUUUGUCAAUAUUCCGGGUAGAGGACCAUUUUGUUUUAAACUAGAGUAAGACGAUUCUCAUAUAUUAUUGUUUCUGUUAAAGAAACAUUUAAUCAAAAAGUUAAUUCUGAAUAUAUUUUCUCCCUCCAUAUUGUAUUCAAAGUAAAUGACACCAUGUUUCCCUCAAGUCAUGACACUCAUAUAUUAGUCAGUUUGUAAUGUGUUUUUAUGUAUGUACCUAAUAAGUAUAAGUUCUGAUGUACUGUAAAUCUAAUUAAUGUUUUCAAUAUAUGUAUAAUAAAAA